UUCCUUUUCUCUUCUUUCUGAGUAAUUGUAUUAGAGGGAAACAACCUGAGACAAUAUCUCGGAGCAUCAUUCCAAGGACAUACCAGGAGGAAAAAUGACCAGAUCUUUCCCAGUAUUCUCACUUUUGUCCUUUGUCUUGAUACAUUUGGUGUUAUCUUCUGUUUCAGGCCCUAGACACUGGUGGCCACCACAUGGAAUUAUUAAGGUGAAAUGUCCAUAUGAGAAAGUAAACUUGAGUUGGUACAAUGGAACAGUCAACCCCUGCCCUGGCUUAUAUCAACCCAUCUGUGGUACCAAUUUUAUAACCUAUGAUAAUCACUGCAUCCUGUGUGUUGCGAGCUUGAAAUCUCAUGGAAGAAUCAGGUUUUACCAUGAUGGAAAAUGUUAGCUGCAUGGCCUUGAAUGUGGAAGAUAUCUUCUUUUUUUCCCUCCAUGUCUCCAAUCUCCCCCUUGCACUUUUUACAUCUCCUUGCAUUUGUUCUUGACAACAAAGAGCUAUCACUAUUGAGCUUGUAGCAGAUUGUUUAAAGUUCCUUCCAUGGACCUCUCCCCUCACUGAUUGAUUGCCUUCCAUAGUCUCCCUAAUAAAUAAACUUUUAUGAAAGU